ACUCGCGCCGAUCAUGGAAAAUUAGUAAGAACGCAAAAGACCCGAUCCCCGAUCAACGAUGCCGCUCCUUCUUCCCUCCAUCUUGGCCAACUCACCUCGGUCACAACAACUUUUCAUAUUACUUCAGUCAUCGACCGUACACUCCUGCCUACCUAUUCUAUGCAGUCUCAUAGCUCAUCCUAGUAGCAAAUCCUCAGUCAAGCGACAUGUUUUGCUCUUCUCGUUCCUCUAUCCACCUUCGAGGCUGGUGAACCCUCCGCAUUUGCAACCACAGGAAGUGGAUUUGCAAAUUUUCGACUGGACUGACAGGGUCCCUGGAUAUGGGGAUGAUUCACGGUCGAACGAUGCUACGGAUGAAAUCAUGAAGGCAGUUGAUUCAGUACCCAAGGGAGAGCCAUUAGAUAUAGUAAUAGACUCGGUGGAUACGCUACUGGACAACUUAUCCUCUCAAUCGAAAACGUACAACUUGCUUUCAAGAAUGCUUUCUGCCGUACGUGCAGGUGCAAACACCUCACGUCUAAUCCUUCACAUACGUGCCCCUUCCUCCCUCCUCCCCCUUCUAACCCAAACCCGGUUCUCCCCCUCCUUAACACACCUAACAUCCCAUCCACCUAUGCUUCUCACACACCUCUCUAUAGCCUACUUCACACCGCCGCCUCCCCUUUCUCCACCAGAGAAAUUCUGGAGUGUAUUCACGCCGAUCUCAGAACGGUUAUAUGAAAGUGAGAACUUGGUCUUCGGGAGUGAAGGCGAAGGACUGGCGGGGAACGAGAUUGUUGUAGAGGUUCUUGUGCGAGGCGGGGGUGUAGGUGGAACUGGAGGUGAAGGGAGGAAGAGAGGUGUGGAGAGAGCGCUUGAGGGCUGGGUCAGUGCGGAAGGCAAGCCGUGUGACUUGAGUGCGUUGGAGAGCUUGAGAGGGUUGUGGACGAGGAAGCAUGUGUCGGAAGAAGCUGCUCCGGACCCCACACAAAAUGUUUCAUUUAAUUUGAACCUCACUCCCGAACAACAACAAGCCCGUGCACAAGUUCCUUUGCCAUACGCCCAUGAAGGUAAUUACUCUAUAUUUUGUGUUCGACGCUGUGUCUCACAAAAUCGCUCGAUAGGUAAAGUCGCCGUACCUGUACAAGCUCCCGGUGCAAUUUUGUAUGAGCCUGACUCCGCGGAUGAUAUCGACGACGACGAUCCAGAUGAGGACUUGGACAUCUAGGAUAAGAUAGCGACAUUGUAAAGCCUACAACAAUAGACUGUAUAAUGUACUCUGAAUCAUCGGUGGUGCGAUUGACCCGAUUGAAGACUCCUACUUUCAUAAAGCCAUUGCCUUAUC